UGAGGGCGGGCAACAGAAAAUCAGAUCUACAUGUCGUGUGGCUGUUGCCGCAGAAUGGCGGCCCCACUCGCUGUCCGUUUAUACGUCUGUCGUUUGCUGCUGGGUUUCUGACGCCUUAGUCAGCCGAGGUCUUCUCAAACGCACAUGAUUUCCAAGUUUCCGGUUCUCCUUCUGCCGGCGGGGACUUAGGCCCAAAUGUCGACGUGAGCCAUGACGAGUGCUCAGAGGAGAUAGCGGCGCAUUUCAACCCAAUUGUCCACAACCCGACCGACGCCUCAUCCAUGCUCGACGAAAAUGGGUCCUGAGGGGAAGAAGCUGAUGAACAUCGUCGUCUUGGGCGUGGCCUUCAUGUUGAUCUUCACCGCCUUCCAGACGUGCGGCAACAUCGAGCAAACGGUCCUCAAGAGCUUCAACAGCACCAGCUUCCACGCCAGCGGCUACACCAGCAUGGCGAUCAUCUACGGCGUCUUCUCGGCGUCCAACCUCCUGGCGCCGUCGGUGGUGGCGGUGGCGGGUCCGCAGCUGUCCAUGUUCUUCAGCGGCCUGCUGUACAGCGCCUACAUCGCCGUCUUCGUGUACCCGUACACGUGGAGCUUCUACGCCGCGUCGGCGCUGGUGGGCGCGGGCGCCGCCGUGCUGUGGACGGCGCAGGGCAACGUGCUGGCCAUCAACUCGGACCGAAGCACCAUCGGCAGGAACAGCGGCGUCUUCUGGGCGCUGCUGCAGUGCAGCUUACUGUUUGGGAACGCGUACAUCUUCCUGGCGUGGCGCGGCCACGAGCGCAUCUCAGACAAGGACCGGCAGACGGUCUUCAUCUCGCUGACGGUCAUCGGCUUGGCCGGCUGCUUCCUGUUCUUCCUCAUCCGGACACCUGACGCGGAGGUCCCGGCCCACGCCGACCGUCCGGACUCCCCGCUGCUGCCGUCCGACUCCGGCGACGGCCCGAGCUGCUUGAGAAUUCUUUGCCUAAAAGAAAGUUGCUCAACUCACUUGUUCUCUCGGCAGGCCGCCUCACUCGCACAUCUGCUCGCAAGCCGUGGACGCUUUCGAAGAGCGCACCCGCCGACUGGGUCACGUGACGCGGCUGACGCUAAAGCCCGUGAACGUCCUCCUCCUUCGGAGUAUGGCGGGCCGGGCCGGAAGGGGACACCCGAGCCACCUGCGAUAAACGACGUCACCCGCAUUCGUCCCCGCAGUGCAGGCGUGCAGGAUGUUUGCGACCAAGGAGAUGGCGCUGCUCAGCCUGUCCAUCGCCUACACAGGCGUGGAGCUGACGUUCUACAGCGGCGUGUACGGGACGUGCGUCGGCGCCACCGGCGGCUUGGGGCCGGACGCCAAGAGCCUGAUCGGCCUGUCGGGCAUCUGCGUGGGCCUGGGCGAGAUCGCGGGCGGGGCCGCUUUCGGCGUGCUCAACAAGCGCGGCGGCGGGCGGGUGGGCCGCAAUCCCGUGGUGCUGCUGGGCCUGCUGGCGCACUACCUGGCCUUCUACCUCAUCUUCGUCAACAUCCCCGACGACGCCCCGCUGGCGCCCGAGGAGGGAACGCGGCUCAGCGCCUUCAUCCGCCCCAGCGUGGGCGUGGCCUUGCUGUGCAGCUUCCUGCUGGGCUUGGGCGACAGCUGCUUCAACACGCAGCUGCUCAGCAUCAUCGGCGUCAUCUUCCGUGACGACAGCGCCCCCGCCUUCGCCGUCUUCAAGUUCAUCCAGUCCAUCCUGGCGGCGCUGGCCUUCUUCUACAGCAACUUCCUGCUGCUGCGCUGGCAGCUCCUCAUCAUGGCGGCGCUCGGCUUCGCCGGCUCGCUCGGCUUCAUGGCCGCCGAGCGGCGGGCGCAGGCCGGCGGGCCG